AUGGGCUUCCUGGGUAUACUGCUAUUCUUCGGGACCGCGUCACUGACCUUCACCAGCGCCGUGGACAACGAUUCUCUCUUCCGAGACCUAGCUGACGACGGCCGCGAAAUCAUCAAGGCGGCGGUGGUGGCGAUCGUGGCGACCGUGGGCGGAGCAAUCGUGACGAUCGUGGCCGUCGCGGCAAUGGGAAUGGCGGUGGUCGCGAUCGUGCUGGUGGUGGUCGUCGUGGCGAUCGUGAAGGUGGUGCCCGCGGCGACCGACGUGGUGAUGGUCAGUCUGCCUUCACCUGCGAGGAUGGCAUCCUCGAAGACGGGUAUUGCUGCUCGAAAACGUGCGGAGUGGGCGGGUGCGGUGGCGUAG